AUGCACGGCCUUUCUUUAAUCGGCUUCGUUCUUCUUCUGCGCUCUCACUUCGCAUACGCCGAGAAAGUCCUGGUGAGGGAUAUUGGCGACAACUUCAUCAUCGACGGAGACAAAGUUACAUGGCCUGAUGGACCUUUCACAGGAAGCUUGAUAUGUGCUGGUCCCGGCAGGGUCCUAAGCCUGAGUGCUGACAAGAAGCACGGCACCUGCUGCCCGCCGGGUGCCAGUCUCAAGGGAUCCAAAGACACCGAAUGGCACUGUUGUGGCAGCGGCCAUGAUGUGACUGGCUCCUUGGGUGUGGGAUUUGAGUGCUGCCUGGAGGGUUCCACCUUCGACGGUAAGACCUGUCAAAGGUUGUGCCCCAAUGGCAAAGAGAUGGUCGGUGGGAUAUGCCGGUGCCCUACUGGCCAGGAAGAGGCUGUAGAUGGCACCUGUAAGCCUGCGAAGUGUGAGUCGGGCUUGAAGACUGGUAAAUGCUACUUCUUCACGGGACGAUCGGGCAAUUAUUUGACAUUCAACUCCAAUCAAUACUCCGAAACCGCACUGAGUAAGUAUAUUAGACCCGGCAAGUUCCAAUUCUGCCAAGACGAAAUCUGCACUCCUGGCCUCCCUAUCAACCCCAGUAACGAGGUCUACAUCAAAGACCUCCACGGCACGCUACCAGCCGCAACCGACGCUGGGCAGUGGCUCGACAACAAACAGAACGGCGGGCAUAUUAGCAAGACACCCGAAUUUCCCAACGCCGGAAAAUUCUCGGUCACCAAGUGGCCCUGCGGAAAAUAUUGUCUUACCGGAUUCAACGACGGCCUCACGCAGGCUUGUCCGGAUAUCAGUCCAGGGAUCAGCUUAGAUACCCGUGCCACGGACUCGUGCAUUGAAUUCGAGCUCAUGGAAGUGCCAUGUAACAUCAGGGAUGAUGCGAAUAACUGCAUCUGGAAGAAUGGUGAUCAGUGCUGCAAUAAGAUCGAUUGCUGCGGGAAGCUAGAUUGCGCCAUCAAGCCCCAGAAUCAGGAUACUGAAUGA